AUGGCCAAGAUCGACGCUCUUGAUGAUGACAUAGUGAAGACAGCCACAACAAUCCUUCGUCGGCGACAUGCAUCCAACCUUACCCCCUAUUGCAACCGACGAUUUCGAUCUCUGUUUGGCGUCGAUCCCAACAUUGUCACGCUGCUUUGGGUAGAAAAGCAGCACAACCUGGAGGAGACAGUUGUUGCCCAUCUAUUGUGGGCAUUGAUGUUCCUAAAGCUAUACGCAACAGAAACAGUCCAUGCAGCACUUGCGUGGGUUGACGAAAAUACGUUCCGGAAGUGGGCAUGGUCAUGGAUCGAACAUUUAGCCCAUUUGGAGACGGCCGAUCGAUCCCGCGUGGGCUUCAGCCUUGCCACUCUGCAUGUGUACUCGCCGCAUCGCUGCGACCACACUGCGGCGGAACUCGGUAAAAUGAGGUCCAGAAAACAGGGGGAGUAA